AUUCUUGUUUGCAGGCUUGAUAAUGCAAUCCGGCUGAACCAGCACGACAUCGGCGACGUGGAUUGUCAAAUAAAAAUUGACUUCAGGAUUCUGGUACCCACCGUGGGAAACCAGGAAACAUCCCUGUUGACCAAUUUUAUUGAGGUGGGACACAAGGAGGUGCUCGAACACCCAUUGUGCGAGACGUUUCUGCUGCUCAAAUGGCGCAAAAUCAGGCACUUUUUCUUCUUCAGCCUCCUUUAUCAGACCGUGUUUGUUAAGCUGUUCUCGUUCUAUAUUCAAGGCGUUUACCUAAAGGACUGCCCCUCAGCGCGCCGAUUCAACUCGAAGAAAACCUGCCUGGCGGAUGAUAUCUACAUGGACAUUGGCUAUUGUCUGAUCGGGCUCAAUGUUCUACUGAUGUUCAAGGAACUGUUCCAAAUACUCCACAGCUGGAAGACGUACAUUCUGGAAUGGGAAAACUACCUCCAGUGGGGCAUCAUUAUAAGCGUGUUCUGCUGCGUGCAGCCCAUGUACCAGAUGAACAUACGCGAAUAUGUGUUCACUUGGCAGCACCACGUGGCGGCCGCCAGCGUAUUCUUGGCCUGGGUCGAACUGAUGAUGAUUGUUGCUCGCUUCCCCACUUUCGGCGUGUACGUCCAAAUGUUCACCACUGUUUCAAUCAACUUUUUCAAGUUCAUGUGCGCCUAUUUGUGCCUCAUUAUCGCUUUCACCUUGUGUUUCGGCGUCAUCUUCGCCAAUUAUCCGGCCUUCAAGCAGCUGCAGUUCGCCUUCAUUAAAGUGAUAAUCAUGAUGUCCGGGGAGCUGGAGUACGAAGACGUCUUUUACUCGGAUAAGUACGAAAUCAAGUACCCGUACACCGCUCACAUCGCUUACUUGGUUUUCGUAAUUCUCGUCACUAUCGUUUUGUCCAAUCUCAUGGUCGGCAUGGCCGUUAACGAUAUACAAGGUUUACAAAAAAGCGCCAACUUGGAUCGGCUGGUGCGUCUGGUUAGACUCAUGGCCCACUUGGAGAGUAUGCUGUUUUCGAACUUGCUCAAAUGGGUACCGUUGAAGGUUCUGGUAUUUUUGCAUUCGAGCGCGCUGCUGUUGAAGUCGCAAAGAGACUUUACCCUAAACAUCCGGCCAAAUGAUCCGCGGGAAAACAAAAUACCGAAAAACUUUAUUGAAAACGCGUUUCGACUGGCCGUCGCUAAAAACCCACACCAAUCGAAGUCGUCCAGCAAGACUGGCAAUUCGAAAAAAAAGCUAAGAAACAUGGAGCAAAUUGAGCAGGAACUCACCGCGGAAAUGACUCGAAUCAUCAAGCAUAAGCUGGAGAAAGUCAAGCUAGAAUUGCGUGAUAAUUAACCAGUUAUUAAGUACUUAUUCAUUGUGUUUAGCAGCUUUUAGUAUUACUGUUACUGUGAUAUCGAGUCCAAUGCCACCUCUUGCAAUUUAAUUCAAAUAAAUUCCUGGGUUCCAGUCAA